AUGUCGUUCAAUCCGGACCAUUUCACGAACGAGCUCGUGAAUGAGUACAUAUGAACUGCAAAAGUAUCGUACUCGUAUAAAUGCAUGACAAAUUUUCUCAGCAUGAGAAAUAAAAUUUGUCAUGCUGAUUUAUCUUACGAAAAAUAUUUGUAAUGCAAGACCUGCAUUUAUACGAGUACGAUACUUUUGCACAGGAUAGUACAGCUACGCUGACAACAUGCGGCAGUACGACUUCAACCAUGUGCAACAGGGCCCGCCGCCCUCGGCCUACAUGCAGCGCAUGACCGGCACCGCGGCCGGGAACCCGCUGGCGUCUCGAGCGGGCGCACCGGGCGGUCUGUACAAUGCCGUGCCGAGCACCGCCAGGCCAGUCACGUCCAACCGGGGCGCCGGCUACAGUGCCACCAUGAGCAACACAUCCAAAUUUGACCCACUGAACCAAGGCACAGAAGUACAGAAAAGCAGCGACAAUUUUCUACAGAAAAAAACGGAACAAACGCCCGAAGAAAAGCUACGCGAUUUGGAAAAGGAGAUACACGGUAUUUAUUGGCGAGUAGCUCUUCUUCAUCAUGAUGACCUACCUGCGAUCUGUUUUCGUAGCACUGGUGGCAGUGGUGCUUCCGCUCCUAGGCGAUUUGUUCAAUUAAGUACACGCCCAGGUUUGGGUUUCUCGGUACUUACUAGUGGAAAAUCUAUUGCUCCCCAAUGUUGCGGAACAUCAACGCAACAACGGUAUAAGAAAAUGUGAUAUCAUUAUCAGGCCUCGUCGAGGAAUCAUCAGUAGUACGCGAGCAGGGAGAAGUAGGUCAAGCGCUGGAACUCGCGAAAGAGGCCGGGAAGCGGGAAAGAACACUCUGCAGGUAUGAAAAAUACUUUAUUUGGAGAUGCAGAGGUAGUCGUAUUCGUAAGCAUGCUUCGUCAGAAUCUCAUUCUGUUCGGCAUGCUGGCUAUGACAUUGGGACGAUCUCGUUCGCAUUGUUUUUUCUGGCCUACUUCGGCGGGACACCUUCGGACCUGCUUCCAGAUCUCCUGUCGACGUCGAGUAAUUUCAUUUACAAAAACUACUAAAAACUGUUUCAGGCAGCGCGAGCAGCAGAACCUUUUGGAGCAGCUGAAUGUCGAUUUGACCUAUGCUGUGUGUCUGAACCUCGCUAUUCAGCAGCACGCAAACAACAACGACACCGAAGCGCUCGGGAUAUACAACCAAAUCGUGAAAAAUAAGCAGUAUCCACAUUCAGGCCGCUUCCGCGUCAACAUGGGCAACAUAUACUUCGCGCAAGGUAAGAGGUGGAGCGCUUUAUGCCAUUUGAAUAUCGGCGACAUAGUCGUAGACACAGAAUUUGUCACUUGCUUCUGUGCGCCGGCUAGACGUUGCUGCCCGCACUGAUGCAGAGCUGACGGGUUUCUUGAGUUUGUGAAUUUUAAAGCUUCCAGGCGAACGUGAAGCCUUUGAUACGCACAGGUAAGUACCCUUCCGCGAUAAAGAUGUACCGUAUGGCGCUGGAUCAGAUUCCCAACAACGUGCAGAGUAUACGACUCAAGAUAUCGCGGAACAUCGGGCACGCAUUUUUCAAGAUGCAUCAGUUUCCCGACGCUAUCGACGCUUAUGAGAACCUGCUCGACCCCAGCAAAGGACAACACUUAGACUUUAUGACGGGCUUCAAUCUGUUGCUCUGCUACCACGCAUUAGGGGACAAGGAGAAAAUGAAGCAGGGGUUUUUGAAGCUGUUGCAAAUACAGCAGGUCGGGCUAGAUGACCCGGAGGAAGAAGAAUCGCUCGACCACGGAAAUGUCAUACCGGAGGAUGACGCACUACGAGAGGAUAUCAAGAAAAGGUAAAGAUUCUUUCUCUCCUCUCGGUCCUUCUCCUUCACUCUGAAAAUGCUAAUGGCAGUAUUCUCCUACGAUCGACCUUGAGGAAGAUGACGGGGGCGAUGUUUCGGAUGAAAGCACACUUAAUCAACCAAAAGCAAAAAGAAAAAAUUAUCCGAACACAAUCAAUACUAAAUACACAUCAGACAGCGCGAGGCCCAGCGGUACAUAGUAAACGCCGCAACGCUCAUAGGCCCGCAGAUAGACCCACAGGAGGUGGUGGAGGGGUUCAACUGGAUCGUAGAUGCACUGAAUUCGCACGGGUUUCCAGGUAAGGAACGAUAUGCGGGGUGAAUUCUUAUGCUGCCUUCUUACUUAUCUUCAGCUCGGGGUCGCUGUGUAGUGCGUGUGCAGCUGCAGAAUAGCACCACUGUGUGUGAGAAAAAGUCUUUACCCUGACUCCACAUUGGAACAACCGCUUCUAUCGACCGUCGGAGCAAAUGAAAAAUCCAAUAUCGCACCUACCAGGUAUCGCCAGCGAGAUGGAGAUAGCCAAGGCGACGCAUUAUCUGAAGAGGAAAGACUUCGAUAAAGCCAUCUCCACGCUGCGGCACUUCGAGAAGAAGGAGCCUGCCCUGAUGGCGCGAGCCAGUACCAAUCUCAGUUUCCUGUACUUUCUCGAGGGCGACUACGGGAGCGCAGAACGGUACGCCGACAUCGCGGUGAAGGCGGACCGGUACAACAGUCGUGCCUUGGUCAACAAGGGCAAUUGCCUUUUCGUCGCUGGGGAACUGGAGCGGGCAAAAGAAGUGUACCUCGAAGCCAUCGGCGUGUCUGCCGACUGUCUGGAAGCAAUCUACAAUCUGGGUUUGGUAAACUCGCACAUGGCAAAGCUGCAGGAGGCCUUGCUUGCCUUUGACAAGCUGCACUCCAUAACGCACAACAACAUCGAGGUAGUGCUGACGAUUCACAUCUUCUCCUGCUUUUUGUGUCGCUUUUUAGCAAUAAGAUAACCGCGAAGUUGCUAUGAGUCACUGCGCUUCUUGAUUUUGCGGACCCCAGGACCGGGAAAAAAAUACGAGUUGUGUCCCAAAACUGUCAUCCGAUAGUCUUUGCCUCAAAUAAUCCGCAGGUAAUGUGGCAGCUCGGUGACAUUCAUGAGAGGCUUGGAAAUCUCGGCAAGGCACACGAGUGGCUGUCGCUCAUUGUCACGUCGCAGAAAGGCCGACCCAGCGACCCAGGGGUGCUCGCUCGGCUGGCGUCUCUCUUCAACAUAUCAAAUGCAAAAAUGUCUGGGUCUGGAAGAAUACGAACUUGUAAUGCGCAUUUCAGAACACGGAAAAAUCUCUCAUGCAUAGGCAGCAAAAGUUGCCCACUUUCUGUCACCAAAGUCAGGGAUUUGUGAUGCGGAUUCGGCAUUGCGUUUGCGAGCGCUUCGCGAAACCUGUGAUGCUAGAGCUUCCAUGCCAGACCUUCUGUGUCAUGCAAAAACAGCGCGACUCUUGCUCUUCCAGACCCAGAUAUUUUUGCAUUUGAUACAACAAAAUGGACGACGAAACGCAAGCGUUCCACUACAAUCUGGAGUCUAUCAAAGUGAAAAAAGCCCCCACCCCAUAUCGGAAACGGAAGAUGCGCGAAUUUGUGAUGCUGUAUUUGAGUACACAAAUCACCUUGUAUUGCUAGAAGGCCAGGAGACGAAGCUGCGGCCUAAAUUGCAGGUAAUCUGUCAUGCUGUUUCCCACUUCCAGUUCGUUGCCUCCUGUCAUCCUAGACCUGCAAGGCUUUCCCACGCUAGACAGCACUACAGUCCGCAUCUUUUGCCUUCUAGCAUCGCAAGCUGAUUCGUGACCACAAAUCUGCAUCACAGAUUUCCGCUUUGAUAUGGGGAGGGGGCAUUUUUCAUUGUAAUAGAGUCCUACCGAUAUUUGCCUUCGGAUAUGACGGUCAUAACGUGGCUUGGCAUCUACUACGUGAAACAGGAACUGUACGAGCUGGCGAUACAGUACUUUUCCCGUGCGAGCCAAAUCCAGCCGAACGAAGUCAAGUGGCUUCUUAUGGUACAGAAAAAAUUAUGUGUUUUCCUUUUCAACAGAGACCACCACCCUUCGCAAAAAUCAAAUUUAAAGAUUGCAGCGUCCUUUUUGUGGUCUUCUUUUCUUGAGCUUUUCAUCCUCGUGCAGUGGGAGUUCCAGUUUCAAAAAAUAAUCAGGUCGCAAGCUGCUAUCGGCGUAUGGGUUCUUACCACCCAGCUCUCAAGCUUUAUGAGGACAUCCACCGAACGCAUCCGAACGACAAGGAAUGUUUGCGGUACUUAAUCACGAUUUGCAAGGAGAUGAAACAGCCGUGGGAGAAGUACCAGAAUCACCUCCGGAAACUGGAGAAAUUCGAGGCGGACCAGAGCUUCAUGGAACAAGAGCAGAGUUCACCUGGGCAGGGACGCCCAGUCGGGGAUGAUUCCUUCAACGACACCGUAACCGGCGGAUUCGGAAGACCCGCAUCUGGGGGAACCGCAGAGGCCGGCCGGGCGGCGGCACCGAGUACUUUUCUAAAUUUUUACACAAGUGGAUGUGGACUGUCGCCCUUUUUGUGCAACGCGAGUGAAAACGCAUCCCAAAAUUUAAAAAGUGCCAUUGCCUAAACCUAUAGCGGAACCGUGCUGGCGGUCCUCACGAACGUCUCCCGCAAUCUCGGAGCAAAGCGCGGCUCUGCUAGCAAUCUAAAUCAAAAAAAAUCCUUUCAAAACAUGCUCUUUUUUGUCCGACUGUUUUUCAGUUCUUUUGUUUUCCUAGUAUCAACAGGAGCGGUGCACCGCGGCCUUUUUUCUCUGAGGCGCGACACGUUUUAGAAAGCUGGAGUCGCAAAAAAAAAUCCAUAGCAUAACCAUACUACAAAAUUUAAAAUGUCUUCGCAGGCGCCGGGGGCUCGCUAUUUGAGGUAGACGAUGUUCAAAUCGCCAGCGACAAAAGAAGUAAACGCAAACUGCAAACCGGCGGGCCGCGUGAGGAUGACAUGGAUGAUGAUUGGGGUGACGACGACCUCGGCGACGACCUGCUACCCAUGUAGGACCUCGUUUUUCGUCAGGUGGGUGACUUUGAUAGGAGCAGUUCGUUCCGGUCGGGAAUGGGUUUUCUUUGAAAAUAAAAGUUGCAUCGGGAAGACUGCUUGCAUAAGGGAAAAAUCGGCAGGGAGUUUCUUGUACAUAGCAUGACACAAUAAACAUAACGAACAGGGACAAAAGUUUUAUGAACAAGUAUCAAUCCGUAUCACUGCAAAACUAAAAGUCAAUGGCGUGAAGGUGCGCGCGCGCAUUUUUUAGAACCCAACCUCCGAAAAACUAAUUCGGAGGCUGGAAAGACAAGGAUCGAGUCUGUAUUUGACAAGGAAAACAGUGCGAUGAUUGGGCGCGCAAUCAAGAACUUUUGCGCGUUUUAAAUUUACGUAGACCGGGGUGCGAGCUUAAUAUGGCUCUGCCUGAAAGUGAAAAAAAAAGAGCCAAGAU